GCGGAACCAUUUAAGACGGACGACUUUGACCGUCGGACGCGUGUGGCGUAAACAUGGCAGAGGUGCUAGAUAAUGUUCCAGAACAUUGUCCGGGUACAACAAGUGAGCAAGCAGGAAAGUCAUCGACAUGUCAGGGCUGCCCCAACCAGACGCUGUGUGCAUCUGGAGCCACCAAGGCUCCUGACCCUGCCAUAGCAGAAAUAGGGGCAAAGCUGUCGACAGUCAAACACAAGAUCCUUGUUUUGUCUGGAAAAGGAGGCGUGGGGAAGAGCACGUUUAGUGCUCACCUGGCCCACGCCCUGGCAGGAGACGGCACGAAGGAGAUUGCCCUGCUGGACAUAGAUAUCUGUGGUCCAUCCAUUCCGAGGAUCAUGGGCUUGGAGGGAGAACAAGUUCACCAGAGUGGCUCAGGCUGGUCUCCAGUGUAUGUGGAGGACAACUUAGCAGUCAUGUCCAUCGGCUUCCUCCUCAGUAGCCCCGAUGAUGCUGUGAUCUGGAGAGGACCCAAGAAGAAUGGGAUGAUCAAGCAGUUUUUGAGGGACGUUGACUGGGGGGAGCUGGAUUACCUCAUUGUGGACACGCCCCCUGGCACCUCCGACGAGCACCUGUCGAUUGUCCAGUAUCUUGGCUCCACCCACGUUGAUGGAGCCGUCAUCAUUACCACACCACAGGAAGUGUCGUUGCAGGACGUGCGAAAGGAGAUCAGAUUUUGCCAGAAGGUCAAGCUGCCAAUCAUUGGAGUGGUGGAGAACAUGAGCGGCUUCGUCUGCCCUAAAUGCAAGAACACGUCACAAAUCUUCCCCCCCUCCAGCGGAGGUGCUGAGAAAAUGUGUGCCGAUCUAAAUCUACCUCUCCUCGGAAAGGUACCUUUAGACCCGAGGAUCGCUCGAAGCUGUGACGAGGGAAAGUCUUUCCUCAGUGAAGUGCCCGACUCGCCUGCUGCUAAAGUCUACCAGACAAUUGUGCAAAGUAUCCAGGACUACUGUUCCAACAGUGCGACCGAGCAGCAGGACAUCACCACCAGACAAGAGUGAAACGCAUGAAUCAAAUGAACAUGCUAUGUUUAUCAAAGCCGGUCAGUAUCAUUGACACGCAAUUCAUGACAAAAACCGGCUUUAAUAUCACUUAAAUGAGCGUUUCAGCGUAUUCCUGAAAUACAAGCCAUUCCUCAACGUGUAAACCUCUGAAAACUGGUCACAAAUUUAUAAAUGUAUGAAGGUUUUUAAAGAACUGGGCAAUAAUAAAUAACAGUACAAUACAAUUGUUUGGGACCGUUUUCAGCCGUGGAUUAAUACAAGUUUGCAUGAGCAAGGAUUUGCAGCAGCAAAAUAGUGAUUGCAGGUUUGACUCAACUGGUCAUAAGGAACAUAACGGCCUGUUUUUGAAUAGUUUUUUGGAGUACAUUAUAUCGACAUUGGGUUGCACCGACACUUGAAAGUGUGUGGAGUUUCUUGUUGAUUGUGCUCAUAUUCAUGUGUAAACUCAGGUAGUGUCGAAGACUCCCUCUGCUUCAUUUACACGUUUCUUUAUUUUCUUUUUACAAGAAAGGAAUACUCUUCUUCAAUUACUACCUGGUAUUUGGGGAAGUCGAUACGUUAGAUCAUAUUUCAAUGCAGCUGUGAAUUGUAUUUGUGCAUCCACUGGCUCUAAAUCAAUAGUGAAUAGAAUGAGAUGGACAUGUUUCUCGUAAAUACAGAGCAUAGCGUGACAUUUCAACUUCUCACUCGAUUGUGCUUCCCGUGCGAUUGUUUUCAUUCCAUCUUUACAAGUUUGGUUAGAUAUUUACCGUCCAACCAAAGCCAAGUUAACAUCAUAUUUAUUUGUAAUUUGAGAGACUUGUAACUCUUUUAAAAUAACAAUUUGAAUACCAAUGUUUGAGAUGAUUUAUAAAAAAUAUACUUUGCA